AUGACGCCCCAGCCCCUCCCGCAGUCCCGUGUUGGCCGUCCGCGGAUCCUCCAAAUCAUGUCCUCCAGCCCUCGAAGCACGUGCCCCCCCUCUGAGCGAGCCCGCGCGUUUGACCGUGCGGAAAAGCGAGCAGCCGCGCGGUACUUGAUCCAGCAGCAACCUGCUCGGUGUGUCAAGGACGCCCCCACGACCUGGAACAGCUCCCCAAACUCCAAGCGCGUGAUUCCUGCACGUGCAUUAGUCGCACCCCCUCGCCGUCCUCUCGGUCGAUCUGGCGAGAGAGGCGCAGCUGUUGUCGUGCAAUAG